UCGUCAUCGCACUGAGACGCCUGACGAGAGGAUUGAAGGCACCUUGGUCUUGGUCGUGUUGUAGCCGCGCGUUGCGAAGCGACGAUCACGGUUCUGUUCGAUGUUAGAGCUCAUGGUAGCGGGGGUCAUCCUCUUUGCGUACCUCUUCCUGCAUGAUUGGUGGACCAAUUCCGCCUGUUAUCGGGCCGUCCGGUGGCAUAGCGGCUUCGGUAGCGGCUCCGCUGGUGGGGGACAAAAAGACACUAGUGCGAACAGAUCAGACGAAGAAUCCCACGAUCACGAUGAUGGGUCCGAUUGUGUAACGAACAGUACUGAGGAUACCGAACCACCCAACGGCAGUACGGCGGUGACGCUCACGAACGGAAACGCUAGUAGUGCCGAACAGCAGCAGCAGCAUUAUCCGCAGAAGGACGAAUCAGCCGGUAGUUCCCGCGCCACUCAGCAGCUGAAGCAAGUGUCCUUCUCCAAUGCGAACUUGUUCUACGAAACCCGCGUCAUAAACGGCAAACAAUCGCCGCAAGGAAGAUCCUCCGUCACUGCGUCCGUCGACACCAACGACAACCACAUCACCAUGGAGGAGGAAGGUUCUACGGCGGUGGUCGCAUCCGCUCCUGUCUCGGUUGGCGACGAGCCGGCAAAAGAUACGGAAAGGGCUAGCUUUAUCGUUGGCGAAGACUGUCAAUUGGAGUCCGACGAGCUGGAGGGCAAUGACGCGUUUCCGCAAACGAUGGAGAAUGGUUUGCGCAGCAGAUCUACCUCAGAGAUCAAUCUGUGUGACAAAAGGCGACGAUUAAGGCCCAGCAUGUCCCAUGGCACGGGACUGGGGUUGCAGCGUGGCCAGGAACGUGACUUUGUGCUCUCGACGACGGAAGAGUUUGUCAAGAAAUUCAAUGGCACACGGGUGAUCAAUAAGGUGCUGAUAGCGAACAAUGGUAUCGCCGCGGUGAAAUGCAUGCGCUCGAUCCGUCGUUGGUCGUAUGAGAUGUUCAAGAACGAGCGCGCAGUAAGGUUCGUGGUCAUGGUAACGCCGGAAGAUUUGAAGGCGAAUGCGGAGUACAUCAAGAUGGCCGAUCACUACGUGCCGGUACCUGGUGGAUCGAACAACAAUAACUACGCGAACGUGGAGCUGAUCGUAGAACUGGCACUCCGCACCCAGGUGCAAGCCGUAUGGGCUGGAUGGGGUCACGCAUCAGAGAACCCGAAACUACCGGAGCUCCUGCACCGUAAAGGACUAGUGUUCCUUGGCCCACCGGAACGCGCGAUGUGGGCACUCGGCGAUAAGGUGGCCUCUUCGAUCGUCGCUCAAACGGCCGACAUUCCAACCCUUCCCUGGUCCGGUUCGGAGCUGAAAGCUCAGUAUAGCGGUAAAAAGAUUAAGAUUUCCAGUGAACUGUUCGCGCGCGGAUGUGUGACAUCGUCCGAGCAGGGUUUGAUAGCAGCCGACAAAAUUGGCUUUCCGGUGAUGAUCAAAGCGUCGGAAGGAGGCGGCGGUAAGGGUAUCCGUCGUGUGGACGCACCGGACGAGUUUCCCGCCCUGUUCCGGCAGGUACAGGCCGAAGUACCCGGAUCGCCGAUAUUUGUGAUGAAGCUAGCACGCGGUGCACGCCAUCUGGAGGUGCAACUGUUGGCCGAUCAGUACGGUAACGCGAUCAGUCUGUUCGGUCGUGAUUGCUCCAUCCAGCGACGACAUCAGAAAAUCAUUGAAGAAGCCCCGGCCGUCAUUGCUGAUCCGGCCGUGUUCGAGGACAUGGAGAAGGCGGCGGUACGGUUGGCGAAGAUGGUUGGCUAUGUCAGCGCGGGCACGGUCGAGUAUCUGUACGAUUCCGAAGGCAAAUACUUCUUCCUCGAGCUGAACCCUCGACUGCAGGUGGAGCACCCAUGUACGGAGAUGGUGGCGGACGUUAAUCUGCCCGCCUGCCAGCUGCAGAUCGGAAUGGGAAUUCCGCUUCAUCGCAUCAAAGACAUUCGCCUGCUGUACGGAGAGAAUCCUUGGACCAGCUCGGCGAUUGAUUUCGACACACCGGCCCACAAACCGCGCCCCUGGGGACACGUGAUUGCGGCGCGUAUCACGUCCGAGAAUCCGGACGAAGGAUUCAAACCCAGCUCGGGGACGGUGCAGGAGUUGAACUUCCGUUCGAGCAAGAACGUGUGGGGUUACUUCAGUGUGGCCGCCUCCGGUGGAUUGCACGAGUUUGCCGAUUCACAGUUUGGGCAUUGCUUUUCGUGGGGCGAAAAUCGUCAGCAGGCACGCGAAAAUCUCGUGAUCGCGCUCAAGGAGCUCUCGAUUCGGGGUGAUUUCCGGACGACGGUCGAGUAUCUCGUAACGCUGCUCGAGACGAACAGUUUUCUCGAUAACACGAUCGAUACGGCGUGGCUGGAUGCGCUGAUUGCGGAGCGCGUACAAUCGGACAAACCGGACAUUCUGCUCGGUGUCGUUUGUGGUGCACUGCACAUCGCCGAUCGCACGAUCACGGAUGCCUUCGCGAGCUUUAAGAGCUCG